AUGGCCAAUGGGACGCUUGCCGAACAUCUCUACAAAAUUAAUAAAGGAAACGGCCAUUAUCUGACUUGGGAACAAAGACUCAAUAUUUGCAUUGGUGCCGCCAAUGGAUUGAACUACCUUCAUACUAAUACUGAGCAAAGUGUCAUACACAGGGAUGUGAAGACCACAAACAUCCUGUUGGAUAAGAAUUGGGCUGCUAAGAUUUCAGAUUUUGGUUUGUCCAAAAUGGACUCGACUAGCCAUACUCAAUCCCACGUUAGUACAGAUGUUAAAGGCAUGUUUGGUUACUUGGAUCCAGAGUAUUUCUUGACGCGUAGACUUACCAAGAAAUCAGAUGCCUAUACCUUUGGCGUAGUGUUGUUUGAGGUGUUAUGUGCGAAGCUACCAGUGGAUAUAAGUGUUGAAGAGGAGCAACGCAGUUUAGCGCUAUGGGCUCAACACUGCAUAAAAAAGGGAACGGUCGAUCAAAUCAUUGAUCCUUCUUUAAGAGGACAAAUAUCGCCAUAUUGUUUGAAGAUGUUUACAGAUUUUGCAAACAAAUGUUUACAUAAUCAUCCAAAAGGAAGGCCUACAAUAGCUGAAGUAGUGGGAAGCUUGGAGGGCAUGUUGGCAUCACAAGGCAAUAUACCUCGACGCAAGGGAAUAAUCACCAAAAUGUUUUUGAUUAUUUCGAAUGUAGUAGCUAAAGGUUUUGAUCUUAGGUGGAGGAUGGGGAAGGGCCUUGGUUCUAAGAGUGGACAGCCAUGGCAGGUGCAGAGGGAUCCAUUUGCGGUUGGUGCCAUCCAAUUAUACCGUCAUUUAUCGUUGGAAGAGAUUCGAGCUGCCACAAAUAAUUUUCACAAACGUUUGAUCGGGCACGGUGCUUAUACCGUAGUGCAUAGAGGUCGUAUGGGGAAUCUUGAUGUGGCAAUUAAAAGGUGGAAAGAAGGGGCAUAUGAGUGGAAUUUGGAGCAAAUUAGGUCUGAGAUCCAAGUGCAAUCCCAACUGCGUCACCUCCACAUUGUUUCUUUUAUUGGAUACUACAAUGACAAGUAUGAGGUAAUCCUCGUGUAUCAGUAUAUGGUCAAUGGGUCUCUGUACGAUUAUCUCUAUGAAACUGACAAAGAUCCUCUUCCAUGGGAGAAGCCUCUAGAGAUUUGCAUUGGUGUUGCACGAGGACUACAAUACCUCAAUGCAGGUACGAAACAGGCAUUCAUUCACUGCAACCUGAAACCGACCAACAUUCUGUUGGAUGAGAAUUUGCGUACGUGA